AAACAAAAAAAAACGAAAUGAAGGCAUAAUCUUGUGAAUAUACAAUAUUUUUAUAAUUUUUUCAUAUUUUUAUAUAAAAUAUAUCUGUUUUUUAAACCCGCCCGCCAAGUCUUCAAUAUUUAAAGUAAACGCGUUUGUUCGGUUCACACAAAGUCGAGUAGUGUACUUGAAAAAAAUAAUAGAAAUUUCCAGAAAAGUGCAAAUAGAAAUACAAGCAAUUGCAGAAUGUCAUUCCUACCAACAAAUAUUGGUUCCCAAUUUUUACAUUUUUCGGUCGUCUCGAGUUUUAAGAUGCGUACUAAGGGCAUGGAUGUGUCUAAGCUGUAUCCAAAUUUCUCCGAUUGUGAAAUCAUCUCAUUGCAAAAUGCUUGGAGAAUCAUAGAGCCGAAAAUUCGUAGACUCUCAAAGGAAAUUCCAGUGGACUUAUAUGUAACAAAUUGCGAGUUGAUAGAGAAUUUUCGUGAUCAAAAUGGAAAAAUAAGUAGAUAUGAUUUGAUAAACUACACCUAUCGGCUAUUGCGAGUUUAUGGCAAAGUGAUAAAGUGUAACGUCGAUCCACUUCAAACUUCGAAAAUACUGGAACCUUUCGUAAAGUUACAUUCAAAAUAUUCUACGGAUAUUGCCAAUAUAAAACCCCAAUUGGAUUACAUUCAGAUACACAUAUUCUCGGAGCUAAGCAGCCAUUUAUCGCCAACCACAGUCGGCUCUUUCGAUAAACUGACUAAAUUCAUGUUACACUAUUUCCGCAUCAGAGCAGGAUCACUGGUAGACUGAUUUUCGGUACCUUGUUGAAGCAUGAACUAAAAAACAAAUUUAAGAACAUAAGUUGGAUAUUUACUAAAAAUAAAUUAAUUUGUUGAGAGAAGGUCCUAAAUAAUUCCAAAAAGUUAAGUGAGUGCAAAGAAAAUUAAGAUAAAAACGUCAAAACAGAAAAACUAAAAAUCUAAACUAUUUCUAUGUACAUAAAAAAAUUUCAAUUUUCAAUCAAUAAAAUUUG